CUCAAGACAAUAUAUGUAAGUUUCUUCUGAUCUUUUGUCAGAUAGAAAGUUUUGGUUGAUACAAUGUCGUCUUUUUCCCAGCACGCACAAUUGGCCCACGCAGCCACGCUCAUCCCUUGGAAGGUAUCCAGCAAGUUUGAUAACGAUGUCCACCGAAAACCGCCCAGAGAUCCUCCUUCUUUCCCUCGCCUACGUGGACUUUCUUGACGAUAUGUACAAAUCACUUUUCAGCAACUUGGUCGAGUCCGCCCGGUUGAAGCGGGUAAAGAAGGCGAACGUGGCACUUUGCUAUCUGGAUGCCAACAAUCCCAAGGCGAUUAUAAUCACAGACCAAGGCUUGACUGACCCGCGCCACAAUGAAGUACUCCAAAAAGUUCAAACAUACAUUCAUUCCGGUGGCCUUGCAAUUGUCGGCCUUCAUUUUCCCAACUUUGCCUCGUGGGACGUCUUCGACCACUUCUUUGCUUUUGGCUUUGAGUUGCCUUGGAAAGCCGGCGAUUAUGCCCGAAUAACCCGUCCUGCGUCUUGCCUCAGGGUCCUCCAUGUCAAGGGGGCUCGGCUCCAUGAGAGGAUCCUGGUUCCCGUCCCAGAUCCCGGGACUGAGUCGCUUGGCUCAGGUCAGGAAAACACCGAAGGGGAAAUCAGGGACGAAAUACAGGCCGCAGUGACCGGAGCCCGGCUUGGAAGCGGGUAUCUAGUUUACUGUGGUAAUGUUAAUCCGGAAGAAGAGGUAGAUAGGAUAAUCUUGUCCCUAUGCGGUCUUCAGGUGUAA